CAGAAGUAAAUAUUACUGGUGGAGUGUGGAGAAUGUGUGUGAUUACUGUUGAAGAGUGAGAAAUAACUAAUACUGUUAAUAUGCUCUUGUGCUUUACAGUUUUGAUAGAGGUUCAUGUUUUUUGUCAUUCUUGUUCUUAUGCUACAUGUUAUGAAAUUUGAAAAGUUUUGCGUGAUACAGCUGACUCCUCGACACUGCUUACACUUAGUGACUUACAAAAUACAAGUUACUUAGUUAGACUGGUCAGCAUAGAAUAAUAUCAGACUAACCCAUAAAUUUUGAAAAUAAAAAUAAUAAUGGAUGAUGAUAAUAAAUUUACCCCAGAGUUUGACACCGAAGGUAGGAACACGGAGCCAGGAAAGGAAACUGGGCUUUCAACUAAAGUUAUAGAGUAUGAAAAAUUUUUAAAUGAUGUCCUCAGGGAAGAUUUGAGGAAAAUUCUUCAAGAACGUGAUAAGAUCUGCACAAGAAUUGCAGAAUAUGAUCAACUGAAGACAGUGAUUAGUAGAAUUGAGGAAACUUCCGAAAAGAGCAAACCAUUGAAGACUGAAAUUGAUUUUGGUUGCAAUUUUUAUGUUAAAGCUGUUGUUCCCAAUACUUCCCACAUCUUUGUUCAUGUUGGUUUUGGUUUCUUUGUGGAGUUCACAAUGGAAGAAGCAAAAUGCUUCAUUGAUAAAAAAGUAGAGCAACUCAAUCAACAGCUGAAGAAAUUGACAAAAGACACUUGCAAAAUAAAAGCUCACAUAAAAAUUGUUUAUGAGGGCCUAAGAGAGUUACAAGGAAUCUCUGAAAAACAAGAAGCACCACACAGAGAUAUUUUUUAAGCAGAAUAUUAUUUCUUUGUGUAACAAACAGCAAAGCAUUACUGAUGUAAACAUUAUGUAUUUUUAGUGAUUAAAUAAAAGUUUAUUAUUCAUAA